AUGGAGGAUCAAGGCAGAAGUGGAGGAGUUUGUGUCAGAAGAGGGAGAGGAGCAGGUCAAAGAGGGAGAGGAGCAGGUCAAAGAGAGAGAGGAGCAGGUCAAAGAGAGAGAGGAGCAGGGUCAAAGAGCGAGAGGAGCAGGGUCAAAGAGAGAGAGGAGCAGGUCAAGGAGAGAGAGGAGCAGGUCAAGGAGAGAGAAGAGCAGGUCAAAGAGAGAGAGGAGCAGGUCAAAGAGGGAGAGGAGCAGGUCAAGGAGAGAGAGGAGCAGGUCAAAGAGGGAGAGGAGCAGGUCAAAGAGGGAGAGGAGCAGGUCAAAGAGAGAGAGGAGCAGGUCAAGGAGAGAGAGGAGCAGGUCAAAGAGAGAGAGGAGCAGGUCAAAGAGGGAGAGGAGCAGGUCAAGGAGAGAGAGGAGCAGGUCAAAGAGGGAGAGGAGCAGGUCAAAGAGGGAGAGGAGCAGGUCAAGGAGAGAGAAGAGCAGGUCAAAGAGAGAGAGGAGCAGGUCAAAGAGGGAGAGGAGCAGGUCAAAGAGAGAGAGGAGCAGGUCAAGGAGAGAGAGGAGCAGGUCAAGGAGAGAGAGGAGCACGUCAAAGAGGGAGAGGAGCAGGUCAAAGAGAGAGAGGAGCAGGUCAAAGAGGGAGAGGAGCAGGUCAAAGAGAGAGAGAAGCAGGUCAAAGAGGGAGAGGAGCAGGUCAAAGAGGGAGAGGAGCAGGUCAAGGAGAGAGAGGAGCAGGUCAAAGAGAGAGAAGCAGGCACAAUGCAGAACAUCAGCAACUUCUCCACAUCCAACUCAUCCACCACACCACCGACUUUCGACCAUAGACUGUACAUAAUAACCAGCUACAACCACAGCACCAGCUACAACCACAGCACCAGCAACAACCACAGCACCAGCAACAACCACAGCACCAGCAACAACCACAGCACCAGCAACGACCACAGCACCAGCUACAACCACAGCACCAGCUACAACAAGGACGACAUCACCAUUCUCAGCAUCGGGCUUACUCAGAGUCUUCAUCCUGAUCACUGCUCUCCCGGCCAACAGCGCCCUCCUGUGGCUGAUGCUCAAAUCCAGACACAACCUCUCCCCGCCUCAGCUCUUGGCCCUGAACAUCUCCAUUUUCUGCAUCGUGUACUGUCUGUUUCUACCUUUUGA